ACAAUAAAACAUAACUAGCUGAGAAAAAUGAUCAUCAUUCAAAAGGUUUUACUACUUUAAUCUAUUCCAAUUUGUUUGGUGGCUUAUUCAACCAGACGAUAAUAAAAUUAAUGACCUCGAAAAUAUUACCAUUUCUACUUGUAUUAAAGUAUAGUCUACAAUGGAUGAUACACAUGUUAGUACAUCCGAUGAUUCAGUAAUCACAUUAGACAAUUCUAAACAACCCAACUGGUUGUUGGAUAAAGAAGAAAAUGUUAAGGUAAAUAUAAUACCAGCAUAUGAAAGACAAAAUCACAUACGUAAACGUUCAGCAGGUGAGAAUUAUUCAAAUUCACAGCCUAAUACACCAUUAUUAUACAAUUCCUCUUAUUCUUAUUUCAAUCAUAGAGAUAAAAAUGAUAUAAUCAAAAGAGUUUAUAAGACAAAUUCACUUACUACAACAUCACCGUUACCAGCAUCAUCAAUGAGUACAACAAAUAUUCGUUUAAAAUCAAAAUGGAAAAAUACAUCAUUCUAUUUUAAUCCUUCUGGACGAAUUGUUUAUUCUUGGUGUGGUGUUAUCAGUAUAAUUUUCAUGUAUCAUUUAUGGGUUAUUAUUUAUCGAUUUGCAUUUAAUGAAAUCAAUCAACAUACUGUUAUAUUCUGGUUAACUUUAGAUUAUUUUGCUGAUUUACUCUAUAUAAUCGAUAUGACUAUAUCAAUAAGAACUGGUUUUUUAGAAGAUGGUGUUAUGCAAUUCGAUGGAAUGAAAAUGCGUUCACAUUAUCUGAAUUCAUCACGUUUUUAUAUUGAUUGUUUAAGUUUACUUCCAUUGGAUUUCUUAUAUUUAUCAAUUGGAUUCAAAUCUAUUUUAAGAAUAUUUCGUUUAUGUAAAGUGUAUAAAUUUUGGCAAUUUAUGGAUAGAGCUGAACGACAUGCAAAUUAUCCUAAUUUAAUGAGAUCAACUAAAUUACUUCUAUAUUAUUUAACAUUUUUACAUUGGAAUGCAUGUAUUUUUCAGUUGUUUAAUUCAACUGCUGAAAGUGUAUUUAUGACAACUAUGACGCUGUCAUCUACACCAGGUACAAUUACAACAGGGAUAUCUAGUUCAAAAUCCACUGAUUUAAGCACUAGAAGUCAUGGUUAUCACAAUACAAGUAGUAGUAAUAAUCAUACCACUAAUGGUACGCAUAGUACUAGUCAAAGCGGACAUCACAGUAACUUCACUGACAGCAUCAUUAAUAAUAAUCCAUUACUUCAAACUGGAAAUCAUUCAUUAGCUGGUUUAAAUACUGGAGGAACAUUUUUCAAUUCAACAGCAUCUGCUACUAUAGUUACAAUAGCAUAUGCUAAUAGUAAUAUGGUGUCUAUGACACCAACAAUGUCAUCAACUUCUCAUUUGUUUCGUGAAAUACACCCACUAUCAGACAGUCAUGGUGAUUAUGUUUAUCUGCAUGCAUUUUAUUGGAGUAUGCUAAGUUUAUUUCCUGUUGGUGGAUUUCCUACACCUAAUUGUCCUGUUGCAUACUUUUAUCUAAUAUGUGAAGGCGUUAUUGGAAUGUUUUUAAUGGCAACUGUACUUGGACAUGUAAGCAAUAUUGUAACAAAUGUUAGUACUGCACAAAAAGAAUUUCAAGCUCGACUUGAUAGUGUAAAAAAUUAUAUGACGCUAAGAAGAGUUCCAACUGCAUUACAGGAACGUGUUAUUAACUGGUUUGAUUUCCUUUGGUAUACAAAUAAAAUCACAGAUGAAGAAAAAGUUCUACAAAAUCUACCAUAUAAACUAAAAGCUGAAAUAGCUAUACAUGUACAUUUGAAUACAUUGAAACAAGUGGAAAUAUUUCAAGAUACAGAAGAAGGCUUUUUAUCUGAAUUGGUAUUAAAAUUACGCGUUGUUUUAUUUGCACCAGGUGAUUAUGUAUGCCGUAAAGGUGAAAUUGGCAAACAGAUGUACAUUGUGAAUCGUGGUAAACUACAUGUCUUGGGAGAUGAUGGACAAACAGUUUUAGCAACAUUACAUGCUGGAAGUUACUUUGGUGAGCUAUCUAUUCUAAAUUUAGGCAAUAACGGUAACAGGCGUACAGCAUCAGUACGUUCUCUUGGAUAUUCUGAUUUAUUCUGUUUAUCUAAAUCUGAUCUUUGGGAGGUACUGAAAGAAUAUCCAAAUGCAAGAAGUAAACUGGAAGCUGAUGCAUAUAAAAAAAUGAAUCAGUAUCAAAAUGUUCCACAACAAAAUGUAAAAGAUUUCUCAGUUAAAUCUAUACCGUAUGACCGAAGAAUCUUGAAUUCAUCAGAUCAAACGAGCUCCCCUGGUUACUUUCCGGCCGGUUUUGAAAACAACCACCCAUGCAAUGUAAAUCCAACGUGCAGUCAAACCAACCAUUCCCUGUUAUGUAUGAACUUAAAUCAUGACUGUUUACUACGUGUGUCUAACAGCGAUGGAUCAGAUGGUUAUGGUAGUGAUCCAAGUCGUUGUUCAGCCUUCUUGCCUACUCCACAACGAUCACCAACUCCACCGGCAAUUCUGGGUAACAAUAUUCCAGACAAGAGUAUUAUGACAUCAAAUCAUGAAACAUUUGCACUACCUAAUUUUACAAGCUCGAGUAUAACAAAUCACAGUCAAUCUGUAUUUUCAGGUAUUUAUCAAAAUCGGUCUAGUUCAGCACCUACAACGAUUAGUAAUAUUUCAAUAAAUUUUAUUCCAUGUCAUUCUAAUGAAAAUCAACUAGCUUUAUCUACUACAGUAUCUGAAUCCCAUCAAUAUUCUUGGUUGAAAUCAUGUCCAUCGAAUUCUAUUCUGCCAGGGAAACAACGUAAUCUUUCCAUGCCAACAGAUUUAUUUCAUAUGGCUAAAAAUUCUUUCCAUUCAAACAGUAAUCAAUUACAAAAUCCUAGUACAAAGUUUACACGUAACGCAUUACAUAACUUUUCUUUAAAUCUAUCAAAAGGAUUGGAAAGUGAAAAUACGCUUCAAAAGUACUGUCAUUCAGAGUAUCCAAUCAAAGAAAGACAUACUACACUUUUAAAUUCGAAUGAAUCAAACUUUGACAGCGCACUUAAUGGACAAAGAGUUAUACCAGUAAUAUGUUUCGAAAAGCUUCGACACCAUCUAUUUCAGAGGCAACAAUCUCAGAAGACGAACAAGAAUAUGCCACUAAUGAAGAACAAUGUACACAACAACCAUCACCAAUACCAAUCAAAGUCCCCCCAUUGACCACUUCUUCUCCGAUAUCAUUACCAACAUUUGGAAAAAAUUGUUCUCAUUUAAAAAUUCCUAAGCAUAAAACUUCUAAUUGGAUAGCUAAGCGACCACCAUGGCCUUACAGAGCCUGUUCACAUCAUUAUAAGCCAGUAAGUGUUUUAAAAACUGGACAUAUCUCUUACCGUCCAACUGAAGAUAAUAUUCCAUCUACUUCUAUGAUUAACUGCCAGAGUAAUAAAAAUAGUCAAGAAUUGGUUGAACACUUGAAUAAUCUUGCUUACCGAAUAAAUAAAUUAGAGAAUGAAAAUUUAUUCUUACAAAAUUGUUUAUUCAAUCAGCCCACCUCUGUUCAAACACAACAGCAGCUACAACUACCAUCACUGCUAUCACAGCAGCAACGGAUUUCCACAAUCAACUUGUCACGCAAGCACAGUCUACCAGUACGUUCAUCAAAUGUUUACCAGAAUUGCCGAAGUUACUUAACAACGCCUACUACAUCACCCAGUAUAGUGAUAAAUGAAACUUCAACUAGUGGGUAUGGGAAUUUGAAAGAUCCGAAGCCCCAAAACUCUCAAUUAGUUAUACUUAAAAGACGGGAAGAAAAUCUAGAAGAAGAAGAACAUUUACUUGAUAAACAGAACAAUAAUAAUUCACCAAUAUUCACUUUGGACUAACAUAUACGCAAAAUUCCACUUUCUUUUCAAUUUGUCCAUUUUUCAGAUAGAACGAUUCUAAACGGCAUAUUUCAAUGGAGAGAAUUCAGUUUAUUGACUUAGUUUCAUUCUUUCUUUUUCUCUUAAGAACUCGGAAGUGAAUGUGAAUAUAGCGGAAAGAGUAUAUACGAAUAAGAGUUGAUUCAAACACCAUUUUUCAUCUGAACACAUUCUAAAAACGGAUUGAAACUUUGAUAUAGUAAGUAGCUAUCUACGUAUGAACUCAAAAGUUAUUCAGUGUCCCUUUCCUUUUCUCUGUUAACUUAAAAUACCAUGUCGUACAUGGGAUAUAAAAAUUAAAUGUUUGUGUUACUUUCUACUCAUUCAUUGAAAGUAGUAUGAAAAUAUAUGGAUUUAAUUUUCUAAGCCUACUCUCUUUUUAUUCACUGUAUUACCUUUUGUUACGAAAGUAUUCAUGGUUAUGUAAAUUGCUAUUCUGAAUAAAACUAAUAAUAUUUUAAACUAU